GUUCUUUCUCCUCUGUCUGUGUGCGAAUGCACAGACGGUUCAGUAGUAAUUUGAUGUGUGUCCCCGGGGACAUUUGAUGGAUUAAAGCUAAGCAGCUCCAUUUCGCAGCACCACCUGAUCUUCCACUGCCUGUGCCCCAUAUAAAGGCUGGCGUGAUUGCUGAUCUCAGCUAGUCUGACAGUCUCUCUCUCCCUCCUCUCUCUGUCUGUCUCCAGCUCUUCUCUUCCUCACUGGUCCCUUAAGCCUGCCGCAUCACAGGAGCUAUCCAGUGCUGAACAGGAUCGCUUUUAUUUUUUAUUUUUUUAUUUUUCUGGGGGGAAGCUGGGGGAGCCAGAGAGUAUCACACAGCAUCGCCGUCAGCCUUGUUCUCCACUGGUUUCCAUUUUCUUUCUUAUCUUAUGUUUUUGGCCGUUGUCUCAACAUUUACCGCAAGGAUUACCGUCAAGCCAGAUCUGCUUGUGUGCUUCCUCAGAGGGUCUUUCAUUUUUUUCUCAUGCGUUUUUCUCAGCUUUGUGUUUUUAUCCAUUGAAACAUGCCACGCUCAUUUUUGGUGAAGAAGAUCAAGCUUGAUGAUUUCUCUUCAUCCAAUGUGGCCACUUCCAAUCAUCAUCACCACCACCACCACCACCUGGACGACUCGUUCACUUUUGCACGCUCCAUCACAGACUCGGUGACCAGCCUUGGGGUUCGUCUCAGUGAGAAUGGCUACAUCCAGGAUUACAUCACACCAUCUGUAUACCAGGGGGAGAAGAAGAUGGAGCACAAGCUGGCUUCGCCGGUGUCAGAUCCCCUCUACACCCAGGUGAGCAGCGGAGAGGAGUACUGUGACCCCGACCUGACGCAGCCCGACAGCCCCCAGUCUGGCAUGACAGCCAGCGGCUUCUACAGUGGUGAAUCGGAGGCCCUGGCCGAGGGUUACACCAUGGAUGCCUUCUUCAUCUCCGAUGGGCGCUCGAGGCGGAAGGGAGACAGCGAGAGUCGUGAAGGGGGCUCAAGAAGCAGCAGCGCCAACGGCGGGGCUCCGGAGAAGGGAGCUGGCACGGCUCGCCACUCCUGCAAUGAGUGCGGCAAGACGUACGCCACCUCCUCCAACCUCAGCAGACACAAGCAGACGCACCGCAGCCUGGACAGCAAGAUGGCCCGCAAGUGUCCCACCUGUAAUAAAGUGUACGUGUCCAUGCCAGCGCUGGCCAUGCACAUCCUCACCCACGACCUCAAGCACAAGUGCAACGUGUGCAGCAAGGCCUUCAGCCGACCGUGGCUCCUUCAAGGUCACAUGCGCUCACACACGGGGGAAAAGCCCUUUGCCUGCGCACACUGUGGCAAAGCCUUUGCUGACCGUUCAAACCUCCGCGCCCACAUGCAAACACACUCUGCCUUCAAGCACUACAGAUGCAAGCGCUGCAAUAAGACCUUCGCUCUCAAGUCCUACCUGAACAAGCACUAUGAGUCAGCUUGCUUCAAGGGCUCUGCGGACGAAGACGACUCUGGAUCAGAAAACUAACCACGAAGGAAAAAGCUAAAUUUUGAACCCCUGUUGUAGGUUCACAACCAAUAACCCUGUUCACUCUGCCCUCCAUGCCUUUUUUCUUCCCUUUUUUUAGAAAGCAAUAUUUUCACUGAGAUUACGUGAAGAAACUGAUUAUGGCAAAGACAAUUUCAAAAGAUGCUGGAUUUUUUCCCCUGCACAGUAGCUAAUCGUCCACAGAAACAUACAAUCAGACAACCUUCCCCCAAAUAGAGACAGUAGAUGAUAGUUGUACACAAUUAAGCAACAUGUGCUCGCACGGACGUGGGUUCAUGUAAACACACACAGACAUGUAUGCAAAUAGACACUUGCACGCACGCACACACACACGCGCACGCACACACACACAAACACAGACACACACAUGUACACACGUGUGCACAAACAUACACACGAUUAUAUAUGAGGCCUGGCAUGUGAAUUUUUAUCAAUGACUAUAAUGAUAUUGAUAUCAAUAGUAAUAAUAUUUAGAUUCCUGAUAUUUUAUAGCAAAUAGUAAUGAGAAAAUGAAAAAAAACAACAUAAAAAAGGACUAACAGUGUUCUUUUGUUUUUUAGAGACAAAAUGACCUCUUGUAUUUUUAUGCUGCUUUUUAUUUGCUAAGAAUUGAAUUCUUUUGCAACUGCCAACAUGAACUUUUUAUGAAAAUGUGAACUAUGACAGUAUUUGCAAAAAAAGGGAGAUCAUUUUAAAAGGUUAAAAGACAAACCCCCUUUUUCCACACCAAUGUUUCAAUUCAACGGAUGUUAUUUUUCUAUUUGAUUUUUCUAAAUUUAUUUUUUUGUGCUUAUUAUCCCUUGUCGAUCUAAAGCAUCUUUGUAACUGUGGGUAUUUAAAAAAGAAAAAGAAAAGAAAGGCCAAUUUAAAUAAGCUAUACACGAUCAUCGGCCAUAGGUCAUUCAAUUCAAUUCUGCAAGAGCAGUGAUUUUAAAACAUUGAACAGGCCUGUUGAACAGGUUAUCACACAUCAAAUUCAUAGUCUCACCCUGAUGUACUGACUCGGACAAAAACACUGGCAGCCAGACCAAAUGAUCUAUUGUUAUAAGUGCCAUGUGCGGUUGACUUGUCUAUAGCAAUGAAAACUCUUGUUGUUCUUCCUCCACCAUGGUGGCUUGCAUAAACUCUGCUGCCUUUAUGGUGCAUCGUCCAGUCUUAAAGAGCAAUCUUUACCCAUUAUUUGAGGUGCUCCCCCUCCACCAGUAUUACCUCAGAGCGAAGGUAUGGACUCACACCCCCUCAGUUACAAAGUGACAGUCAAAUUAUUCUGUUUGUCUGUUUUAUAUGUCGCUCAAAGCUCUGCCCACGGUUUAGAUGCAUACCAUCUAUUUAUCAUGUAAAUACUUUAUUUAACUACCUAUUUAUCUAUUUAUUUAUUUAUUCACCUUAUUUUUGUGUAUUUAUUGAAGACUUGCUAAUUUGUUAAUUAUCAUGUAUUUAUUUAUUGUUUAUAAUUUAAAAGAUGAACAUCCAUUGACCUUGUAAGAUGCUGCUGAUCUUCAAAGAAAAUGUUUAUAUGCAUGAAAACUGUAGAGAGUCCACGGGACUUAGUUUUUUAAAGAGGAACAAUGUACAGUACCAGUGUUAGGAGACUUCACACAAAUGAAUGCAGAAUUAACUUUUGUGGCAAUAACUUUACUGACACAGCAACUGACAUGUAUAACAAUCACAGCUGUCCUGUUUUCAGUCGAUUUAGGGCAAUAAAAAUAAACGAUGAAAACAAA